GUUUGUUUUUCUGAGGAGAGUCAGACGCUCAUCUCCUGCUCUCGAAGGAGUUUUCUCCUGGGUAUUGCAAUUUAUCAUUACCAGCCUAAGUCAGAAUCAUGGCUCCAAAAACUCCACGAGCAAAGAGCCCAAGUGGCAAAAAAAAGUUAAGAGGCAAACGACGCAAGCAAGUCUUACCUGUUCAUGAAGAAGAGGAGCCAAUAAAUAUGGAGAACGUGGGUCAUCCAGAAAUUUAUCCUUUAGUAUUAACUACCAAGACCCAGGAGAUAUUUAACUGUCGAAUAGAUGAAGAUGUCACAGAUGAGACACCUUAUAAGCUGAUCAAAAAGGAAGAUAUUUUGGAGGACUUACACAACAGAGCUGCAAUAUCUGACUUCCACCCACUCAGAAAACUUGUGCGAGAUUAUCCUGGAAAUGAGAUUCUGCUUGUUUAUGACAAAGACUUCAAAUAUGGACUUAAUUUUUAUCUUAUUGGAACUGAAGAAGGGAAAGAAAACUAUUUAAAUCCCUCAGAAGUACCAGAGGAACAGGAAGAAUUUAAAGAACUUGCUCCUGAAGACUUAUAUGUUUAUAAACCACCUGUCUCUAAACCAUGGGUUUCUUUGGGCAGUGAAAAAGAAAUUGAGGAUGAAUCGGUUAAGGAAUCUACAAAACAGAUUACAUACAUGAUUUCUCGAAAACGACGUGGAUUUGGUGCCCCGAUUACAUUCAGUGACCAGAAUGCUUCCAGCGUUAAAGAUUCCUACAUUGAAUGCACAGCCUACCCAGAUAAGAAUUUCACCCUCACACAGCUUGAGAAGGAUGUUGGCAUGCAAGUAGUCCCCCAUGUCAAGGACAUAAGUACUCAGACCAGAUGGACAUAUCCCAAAAAUGCUGCAAUACAGUAUUAUCCAAGAGAAUUCUCAGAAGAAGAAAAAGAGACAUUUGGACAAUCAAAAUCUUUGAUUGAUUUUCUUAACAGCGUGUCCACAAGUGUCGAAAUAGCCUUGCAGCAAAAUGAAAUCACAAACACAUUUUUUGAUGACUGGAAACAUCUGGCAGAAGAGGAAGGCACCUUUGGGGACAAGACCGACACUCACCUGAAAGAGUACCAGUCCUUUACUGACCUUCAUAGUCCAAUGGAGAAGACGAUCACCUGUGUCUCCUGGCAUCCGACCAUCUAUGGGCUAAUAGCUGUGUCAGUGGCUGUGCGGCUCUCCUUUGAAAACAGAGUCCAAUUUUCCGGUAAAUUGUUGCUACAACCAUCACUGAUUCUUUUCUGGAGUUUCUCCGAUCCCAUACAUCCUCAGUUAAUGCUGGAGAGCCCGGAUGACAUCUUCUGCUUCCAGUUCUGUCCCAGUGACCCUAACAUCAUUGCUGGAGGUUGUAUAAAUGGACAGGUUGUCAUGUGGGAUAUCACCUCGCAUGCAGAUCGCAUAGAAAACAUUAAGGCGGGUGGCAGUAGAAGUAAAAAAGUCACACUCAAGCCGAUGUUCCUCCUCGAACCAGACAGCAAUAAAGAAGCAAUGUACAUCAGGCAUUGUGCAGUCUCCUCAAUAGAAAGUGGACAUAAGAAAGUCAUUACAGAUAUACACUGGCUGUCAGACACAUUUGAGAUUAACAGGUUGGGCUCUGUGUAUGAGAAUCGAAGUGGAAUAUCCUGUCAACUUGUGACAUGUUCAGCAGAUUGCACAAUAUGUUUUUGGGAUAUUAGACCACAGAAAAGUUUAACCCCCCAACAAACAGAGAAAAAGAAAGAAGAAACUAUUGAAAUUCCCUUUGAUGUACCUUCUACUUUUUUGCAUUUAGAUCUCUCUUGGAAACCCCUCACUAAGUUAAGGCUGUCUAAGGGUGAAACAAGUUUAGACCACUGCCCAACCAAGAUAAGCCUGAACGAAGACCAUCUUCUUUACAAAACACAAGACAAAAUGUUAAUCCAAAGCAAAGCAGUGAAGGCAGGAGAAAUGAAUCCAUACCAUAAUCUGGAAGCUGGGAUGGCCAAUUACCUCAAACCAAUAGAUGAGUUCUGCACAAAGUUCUUUGUAGGAACAGAAGAAGGUGAAGUGAUAUACACAGAUUGGAAAAUGGAGAGAGACCCUGAAACUGGCCGAUUGACGACCAAGAAGCCAGUGAACCUCUACACGGUGCACGACGGGGCCGUCCACACAGUUCAGAGAUCACCUUUCUACAACGACAUCAUCCUCACCAUUGGGGGCUGGAACGUGGCCAUCUGGAAAGAGGGUGUCAUGACUGGACCUCUCCUUCAGUCAUGCUGUGCACCAAAAAGGUAUACCUCGGGCCACUGGUCUCUGACAAGACCUGGCGUCUUCUACAUUGGCCGAGAAGAUGGAUACAUUGAUAUCUGGGAUCUUCUGGAGAAGACCCAUGAACCAGCCCUGUCCCAAAAUAUUUGUAUAACAAUGAUCACCUACAUCAAACCUUGGACUUUUUCUGCUAAGCAGCAAUUUAUAGCCAUAGCUGAUUAUUAUGGAACACUGCAUAUAUUAGAAAUUCCAUGGACAUUAAGUCACCCUUCCACCAAUGAGGUAUCAAGUGUUAACUACUACUUUGAAAGAGAAGUCAAGCACCUGGAGUAUGUGGAACAGCGCAGAAGUAUUCGUGAGCAAGAAAAGAAAGAAAUGGAGCUAGAAAUGGAGAAGAAGAAAGUCAAAACAUACCAUAAAUCAAAAGAACAAAUAGAAGCGGAAUUGAAAUCAGACUACGAGAGUUACUUGGAACUGGAAAAGAGCAUCCUCAUCAGUCUUGGCCUGAUCAAAGUCACCGAGAAAGUGUCAUACAUGGACUUGAUGUAGAGAAGCUUCCUGAGGAGGCACUCAGCGGCUCUGCGGGACUCCUUUUU